AAGAAGAUGGAUGGUGAUAGCGCUCGCAGUUGGCUGCCUUCUAGUUCUGGCGCUAGGCGUCGCUGUCGCUACCGGCGCUUUGCAGUCUAGUUCAGAGGGUGGAGAGGGCGGUGGAGGAGGGGAUGGGGACACUGCCAAUGAGGGAAGUUACGACGACUCCUUGUCCUUUGCUACAACGGAGACCACAACGACAACGACGACAACAACGACAACGACGACCACUACGACUACCACCACAACAACCACAACUACGACAACCACCACAACAACCAAGUCUCCCCUUCCGGAGAAACCCAUCGCUUGCGUUGUUUAUUGGACAGACAAGGCAUACUUUCCAUCGGAUGACGUCUGCGACAUCCUGCUAUUUACGCAGUCGUCUCCUUUCCCAUCUUCAGAAUCACUGUUUACACAGUUUCGUACAAAUGCCCGGAGUAGUCGAAGGACCAAGCACGGGGUGGACAUAAAGGCCUCCGAUGCGGCUAAGGUUUACCAACAGUUGUCAUAUUCCACCGGUACGGAAGCGAUGCGGACGUACUGGAUGGAUAAGAUAACAGUCUUCUCCACCUUUGACCUGGAUCUAAGAACCUCCACAACUGAUGCACAAAUUAGCAACAUCAUCAGUCUGCUCAAGAGAAUCUCUGCGCUCCAGCAACAAUUCAGAGGAUACAGAGCUUACUUCGGGUACAUUUUGUUCGGCGCCGCGCCCCUGUUCGAGAAGAGAUAUGGUGACAUGGACACGUUGAAGACGAAGUUCCAGCGAGUUAUAAACGAGGCCAAACCUGAUUUGGUGCUUUACCGAACGGCCCUGCUACAGGACUUAAAUAACGACCCUGGUUGCCAUGAAACUGGCCAUACUGCGUGGGAAGACUCUCCUCUGCCACAUAUUCAGGCGUCAUUCGUUGAGGCCCUUUCAUUCAGAAACCAGAUAAGAUUGCCGCCGGCAACAAGAGAGGCGCUAGCGUUUCACAUGGGAGGUCGCUGGAGUUAUUUUGAUCCCCCUUUCACGACGGCCCAGCUCAAAGCGCCGCUGGUGAUACCAAGCAGCCACGUAUGCAGUUCCAGUGACACGUCACCAACUCUUCGCUACCUCUGCAUAGAUCCCCAAGAUCCGCAUCCCACUAAGAAGAGGUUCAUUGAUUACCAUUGCGGGGACACGUCGCAGGACGUCAUCGACCAGAAGAGAGUGUUACGGCUGAUGCGUACAACUGGAGACUGGGUACUCGCCAUGGACACAAACCUCACAAUGAGGGUUAAGAUGUGCAAGGCAGGAAAGCAGGGCUUUCACGGCGGCUACGUUAUGUUCGGCUUGCAGUACAUUAUCGGGACCCAUGGUUUAGAAGCGAACCUUUGCCACGACAACUACAGCGAUGGCUACAGGGAUAUUCGCCACGUCAGAGACUACCUGAAUGACAAUUUCCGUGUGUGCCCAACACUGCAAAAUUGGAAGAAAGGUCCGCAUGACUGUACUUGAAAUAAAUUAUGCAUCUGACGAUUA